AGAUGCCCUUCGUCAAGAAAAUCAAGUCGGGCCCGUACUUCUCGCGCUUCCAGGUCAAGUACCGCCGCCGGAGAGAGGGCAGGACCGACUACUACGCACGCAAGAGGCUGAUCACCCAGGCCAAGAACAAGUACAACGCCCCAAAGUAUCGCCUGGUCGUCCGCUUCACAAAUAAGCAGAUUAUUGUUCAGAUCGUCUACGCCCGCAUCCAGGGUGAUUUUGUCCUCACCCAAGCUCACUCGCGUGAGCUCCCCCGCUAUGGCAUUAACCACGGCCUCACCAACUGGGCUGCCGCCUACGCGACUGGUCUCCUCUGCGCUCGCCGUGCCUUAACCAAGCUUGGCCUUGCAGACAAAUACGAGGGCCAGACGGAACCCGACGGCACCCUUACCUUGACUGGGGAGCUUGAUGACGAGGAUGCUCCACGGCCAUUCAAGUGUUACCUCGACGUCGGUCUCAAGCGCACAUCGACCGGUUCGCGUGUGUUCGGUGCCCUCAAGGGAGCGUCUGACGGUGGUCUCUACAUCCCCCACAACGAGAAGCGCUUCCCCGGCUACGACACAGAGUCCAAGGAGCUCGACGCUGAGGUCCUGAAGAAGUACAUCUUCGGUGGCCACGUCUCUGAGUACAUGGAGUCUCUUGAGGAGGAGGAUGACGAACGCUUCAAGAAGCAGUUCUCGACCUACCUUGCCGACGGCAUUGGCUCCGAUGACAUCGAGGAGAUGUACACCAACGCCUAUGCGGCCAUCCGUGAAGACCCAGUUUUCAAGCCGACCGAGAAGACAAAGGAUUGGAAAGAGGAGAGCCUUAAGUACAAGGUCAACCACCUUACCCACGCCGAGCGCAAGGCCCGUAUACAGGCGAAGAUCGAGGCCUUCCAGGCUAGUGGUGGUGCCGCUGAGGAGGAGAAAGAGGAGGACGAGGAUGAGGACGAGGAGUAGAUGCUCCAUGUCAUCACCUACUUCUCUUAUCAUGUGGUUUGGUGCUAUUCGUAUCCGUCUCUUGCUUUGCAUUAUCUCGUAAAUCAAAACACGGGCUAUGUUCAUGCCAUGCAUACCACCAACGAUUGCUUCGGCACCCAGUUUCAGGGCGAUCAUAGCACAGCCAUCGCCGAUAUCCUCCUGAUGUGAUAGUGGAAUACGGGGCCCGCUACACAACUACUUUGCCCGCCUUGUGUAAUCUUGGUAACGAUUUCACUAUGAAAUCCCGUUGGCUACUCGCCAUCGACUCGAGCCUAGGGUCCAUGAAGAUGCCUGGGUAGGGAAUUUCCAUCGUGAAUCUAACCGAUCUUAACGCGCGGAACGACAGCAACAGCUCCUCAAGCUGCGCCCAAUUCACUAGAUCUGCCCAGUACUUGACGAAUUCUCCGUCAUAGUCGAUACCGAA